GGUCCGUCUUGAUUUACCUUCCCCCGCGAAGACGGUCGAUCGAAGAAGGAAGCGGGAUGAGCUUUGGGAGCCGUUUCCAACGGUGUUGAUUCCCUAAGAAAAAAAGGAAAAAGCAAGUAGUUUGCCACAGAGGGCAGAAAGCAAUUUUCCAGACAAAAUCGAGGCGAGAAAUCACAGUAUGGAAAUUCCAGCAAGCAAAAGUUGCCCUUCGCAGAGCAACAGAGAUUCUGAUAGGUCUUUCCAAGCGUCUCCUGAUGAUGACCAGAGAUUUGCAGCCUCAGAUAUGUGCAGCUUUGGGACAGUUGGCAGUUCCCCUAGGGGUCACACGUAUUGGGGAGAACAAAUGUCAGGAAUCCCAAAUUCACACAACUAUUCCCUGAGCAGGAAAGGAACAUUUCAGUCACCUUCUCGUAGGGAGGAGGAAGCUUGGCAUCCAGGCCGAAAUUUUUCUGUGGACAAACACAGGCCCAAAGUGGGGCUACCUCUCUCCUGCUGCUGGGGUGAAUUAAAGAUAGACAACCCAGCCACAAAUAAUGGGAGCAAGGCUACCCAAGAUUUUAACCAAGGCGCUGAAAAAUUGGGGGACCUGGAUGCUGAAAAUGACACCCCCAACAGAGAGGAGACCUCCAGCUACAAACAGUCACAUUACAAUAGUGGGAAUUUUAAGUCCUCUGGUUCAAACGUGGUCAUUGAUAGUCCCAUGGAGGAGGAGGACUCCGCUGUGCUUGCCAUGUUCCACGCUGUGGCCAGCAGCCGCUUGGCAGUCCAGAGCCAACAGAAGGAUGAGCCGGAUUUUACACCAGCUCAGAAAUUGGACAUUUUACGGAAUUUAUACCACACCAAGCCUCUGAUCUUCCUGGAGCGCUUCCGAACAGUCCUGCGCGAAGAACACUUGCCCUGUUUCCGACAUCUCUCUGGCAAUUAUGAGGCAGAUUUUUACUGCGCCGAGGUCCGCAAAGCAAACCUGGGCAAAACCCUGCAUACUAGGGUGAGGAACAAGCGCUACGCAGCUCUGCAACAACUCAUCAGAGAUGGGGAAUAUUUCAGCGAUGAGCAAAUGAGGGGCCGGGACCCCCUCCUUUAUGAGCAGUACAUCGGACAGUAUCUGAGCGACGAGGAGCUGCAGGAGCUGGGCCACUGUAAACUGGAGGCUUCCUGCUCCCUCUCCGGCAUCCUCCUAGAUUCCUACCAGGAAAAGGUAAUCCAGCAGAGGUUGCUGAUCCAGCAGGAGCAAGAAGAGGCCUGCCAAGAGGAGGAGGAGGAAGACAGUGACCAGGACAGCAACGACCAGGAUUUUAACCCUGAUGCAGACGAAUGGGUCCCCGAUGUGGAGGAGAAGGCUUUUCUGCGGGAAGAGUUCACGAGCCGUAUGUACCAGCACUUCCUGGAGGGCAAGGAUCUGGAUUUUGACUACAGCGAAGUCGACGAGAACCCAGAGUUCGAUAACCUCGACAUUGUCUCGAGAGACGAGGAAGAGCGUUAUUUUGACGGGGAGGAACCGGAAGCCGCCGACGGUAUGGAAACGGAGGAGACGGGAACGAAGACCUGAGUUCCCGGGAUGGAGGGGGAAGGCCCCGGGACACCCCCGCUGCUGAUGACAAGAGCUGGGAAACGUACAUUGGUACAUGAUUCACCUUCCCUGAAUCGGGUGGGGAGAAAAAUCAGCUUUUCACCUUCAUAGCGACGGUGUGUUUCGUAGCCGGUGGGGGAAACUACCACCUUGCUUCCUGAAUUCUUCUGAGUCCCCAGUAGGAAAAGAUGGCAGAGAAUGGGGAGAUCAGAGAAUGCCAUUGUGUGUUUAGCGUGCCCCAGUAAAAUCUCAUCCUUUGAUGAGCAUGAAAGGAACAUGAUGCCAGCAUGUUCCUUUCUUGUGUCUGGCUUUACCCCUUGAUUCUUAAAUUGGUAUUUCUCAACCAUCACUGCUUUAAGAGGGGUGGACUUCAACUCCCAGAAUUCCCCAGCCAGCCAUGCUGGCUGGGGAAUUCUGGGAGUUGAAGUCCACCCCUCUUAAAGUGGCCAAGUUGACAAACACUAUUUUAACUAAUCAGUCUCCAUUAGAGACAGAGCUAAGGCGCUCGCCCCAAAUCAAACAUCCCGCCGUCCGCCGCCAGUGUUCUGCUAUUCAGUGGCAAAUUGAGUGCAAUUUUCCAGAAUUUGGAGGUAAACAAUAAAACUCUUAAAUAAG